ACGUGGCUUGUGUGCAUCUCGUUCACAUGCCGGUGUGGAUGCAAACGCAUAAGACGUACAUGUAUCUUCGUUAGCAUCUGGUGGAGGUGUUUGGCGGACUUUGGAGAAACAGUUGCCUCGUUUCUGCAUUGUUUUUCUUAAUAUUUAAGAAAAUGUUACCUGUUGGGUCAUCACCGGGCCAUCAAUCGUCCGUUAACAAUUCUUCUAGCGCGACCGCUAGCAGUACGAAGAGCAAUGCGAUAUCGAAACCAAACUAUACACUAAAAUAUACUUUAGCGGGUCAUACAAAAGCAGUUUCAUCUGUUAAAUUUAGCCCUAAUGGAGAAUGGUUAGCGAGUUCUGCUGCCGAUAAGCUUAUUAAAAUAUGGGGGGCCUAUGAUGGGAAGUUUGAGAAGACUAUAUCUGGCCACAAGCUUGGCAUUUCAGAUGUAGGAUGGUCCACUGACAGUAGAUUAUUAGUAUCAGCUUCCGAUGAUAAAACCUUAAAAAUAUGGGAAUUAAGUUCUGGAAAAUGUUUGAAAACAUUGAAAGGUCACAGUAAUUAUGUUUUCUGUUGCAAUUUUAAUCCACAGUCUAACCUUAUAGUUUCCGGUUCCUUCGACGAAAGUGUACGCAUAUGGGACGUCAGAACCGGAAAAUGUCUUAAAACAUUGCCAGCACACUCAGAUCCAGUAAGUGCAGUACAUUUCAAUAGGGACGGCUCUCUAAUAGUCUCGAGCAGUUAUGAUGGAUUGUGUCGUAUUUGGGACACAGCCUCAGGGCAAUGCCUCAAAACUCUCAUAGACGACGAUAAUCCUCCAGUAUCAUUUGUCAAAUUUUCGCCGAACGGAAAAUACAUCUUAGCAGCUACACUUGAUAACACAUUGAAACUUUGGGACUACAGCAAGGGGAAAUGCUUAAAGACCUACACAGGUCACAAGAACGAGAAAUACUGCAUCUUCGCAAACUUUUCCGUCACUGGUGGAAAGUGGAUUGUAUCCGGUUCCGAAGACCACAUGGUAUACAUUUGGAAUCUACAGACGAAGGAAAUAGUGCAGAAAUUGCAGGGUCAUACAGAUGUGGUGCUUUGUACGACAUGUCACCCGACAGAAAAUAUUAUAGCGUCGGCCGCUCUCGAGAAUGAUAAAACCAUUAAAUUGUGGAAGAGCGAUACAUAAUUAUUUGCACCGUUUAUUACUCUUAUGACGUUUUGUACAAAACUUCCUGUUUUUAUGUUAUUACAUAAAUGUCAUUGUAUUAUAAAACAUAGAAUGGUUUUUUUUUAUAUUUGUGCAAAAUAAUUAAUUUAAAGUAAAUGAUAUUUUGUAUCAAAAUCAUAUUUUAUUAUCUACAAUUUAUAUAGAUUAAUAGCAUAGUUGAAGAGUCCGAUUUCGAUAGAUUUCAGCAUUUGUUGUGUUAUAGGUGAUAGAUAACAUUAUUUUAGAAGUAAAUUUACUUUAGCCUCAACAGUAUUAAUAAACAUCUAAAUAAGAAUUGAAUUGCAACGGAAAUGACAUUACUUUGUACAAACUGAGUGUACAAAAUUAUAAAUUAAAGAGCAUUGAGAU